AUGAAAUUCUCAAUCGUUGUCUUGCUCUGCCUCACCUUGGUUGGUUGCGGAAGCGGAGGGCCGUUCAAGUCGGUCCCGGUGAGCGGUGUCGUCACUUACGAGGACGGCUCGCCGAUCCCUGUCGGCGGCAUGAAGGUCUUCUUCCAUAGCCAGACGCCGCCCAAGGAGGGGAUGCACCCGCGUCCGGCGAUGGUGGGCGUGGGCCCCGACGGCAAGUUCGAGAACGUCACGACCUACAAGUACGCCGAUGGGCUCGUGGUCGGGCCGCACAAGGUGACGCUCGUCGCUCAAGAGGCCAAUGGCAAGGCGAGCAAGCUGAUCGCCAAAGAGUGCGCCGACGUGCGAACGACGCCGCUGACGGUGGAGGUCACGCACGCCGGUCAGGUGCUCGAGAUCAAAGCUCCGAAGUCGGAGCCUUUCGUGUUGACUAAAUGCCUGCUCGCCUUGGCUACUCUGGCGGCGGCGUUGUCGUCAUCGGUUGCCGAAUCGCCUCUCGGGUUCGUAAAAGGCCACUCGUGGGGUUGGGUGGGGUCGCGGGGCGAUUACACCUCGCCGGCUGCGGCCGAGUCGAUGCGGAACCUGGCCGAGACGAGCGCCGACACGGUCUGCAUCGCCUUCGCGCCGAAUCUGAAGACCUACGACACGCCCCGCUUCACUUGGGGCGACAACAACUCGCAGAUGGUGAGCGACGACGAAGUGCGUCACGCCAUCGACCUUGCUCGUGAAAACGGGCUGCGAGUCAUCCUCAAGCCGACGGUGAACUGCGAAGACCAGACUUGGCGGGCGUGGAUCCGGUUCUAUCGACCGCUGAGCGAGGCGGCGUGGGCCGAGUGGUGGGCGUGCUUCGGCGAUUUCCUGGAGCAUUACGCCAAGAUCGCCGCCGAGAAAAACGUCGACGCCUUCUGCCUGGGGUGCGAGAUGAACUCGACCGAGUCCUUCGCCGACGAAUGGCGAGAGGUGAUCCGUCGCGUUCGCGCAGCGUACGACGGCCAGUUGACGUACGACGCCAACCACGGCCGCGAGCGGCUUGUGACCUUUUGGGACGAGGUCGAUUUCUUAAGCGUCAGCGCGUACUACCCAGUUGCUCCGCCAGAGGGCGUGACCGAGGAAGAGGCAGUGGCUUCGACGACGCCCAAGACCGAGAUCGUCGCGACGCUGCGGCAAGUGCGUGACGAGCUUCGCGAUCUGCACCAGGAGUACCGCAAGCCGAUCCUCUUUAUUGAAACGGGCGUCACCAACGUCCGUGGUUGUGCGCGUUACCCCUGGUCGCAUCCGGACGCGGAGCUGGGCAGCCCGAUCGACGAGCGGGAACAGGCCAACUACUACGAGGCGAUGUUCGAGACCUUUUGGGACGAGCCGUGGUUCAAGGGUUUCGCCUGGUGGGACUGGCCCGCAAGGCUGUAUCCGAUCGAUGAAGCCGGUGGGAACCGCGGCUUCUGUAUCUACGGCAAACAGGCCGAGGGC